AUGUGUACAGGAGCGUGUUCUAAGUUUAUCGCUGUCCCUCUCUAUGUCCUGGCUGCAGUGUCAAUUAUCUGCAACCUCAUGCUCUUCUUCCCUGACUUUGAUACACAAUAUGCAGCUCAAGACAGGAAAGGAGAGCAACGGCUCACUGAAGAAGUGAAAUAUAUGGGAGGCUUUUUAGGAGGAGGACUUAUGGUCCUGAUUCCUGCCAUCCACAUUCAUCUGACCAGUUCAGACAAGUGCUGUGCCAACCGCUGUGGGAUGUUCCUGUCUAUUGGAUUUGCAGCUGCUGGUGUGGUGGGGUCUGUUUACAGUCUUGCUGUUGCUGGUGUUGGUCUUUCCAAUGGGCCAUUCUGUUGGUGGAGCAAUGCACAACACCUCAUUCCACAGUGGGGAGCACCCUUUUUAAACAGUAAUGGAACCUACCUGACUGACAAGGAAAUGUGGAACUGGUGUAUAUUGCCAGACAAUGUGGUUGAAUUCAACGUGGCACUGUUCUCCACUCUGCUCGUGGCAGCAUCCUUGGAGCUUGUCCUCUGUCUCAUCCAGAUGGUCAAUGGACUGUGUGGCUGCAUCUGUGGCACCUGCUCCGGCAAGGAUAGGGGCAACAGCAUCAUGCGGUGA